AUCUCUCUUUCUCUCUCUACAUAUAUCAGUUUUUAAUAUUAAUUUAUUUCAAUGGCUUAUAAUACUUUGACAGUCGAUCAGAUUGCCGAGUUUAAGGAUGCCUUUUGCUUGAUAGACAAGGAUUCGGAUGGAGUGAUUACGACGGAGGAGCUAGCGGCGGUGAUACAGUCGUUGAAUGAACAUCCAACCAAAGAAGAGGUUGAAGAAAUGAUGAAUGAAGUCGAUGUAGAUGGGGAUGGAACUAUCGACUUUAACGAGUUCUUGAGUAUUAUGUCCAAUAAAAUUAAGGAUAAUGUGUCCGAUGAACUGCGAGAAGCAUUCAAAGUAUUUGACAGAGACCAGGAUGGUUUUAUUUCAGCUCUUGAGUUGAGGAAUGUGAUGAUAAAUUUAGGAGAGAGGUUAUCAGAUGAAGAGGCAGAGCAGAUGAUUAGAGAAGCAGAUUUAGAUGGAGAUGGUUUAGUUAGCUAUGAGGAGUUUGCUAGGAUGAUGAUGGUAUCAUAAUUUAUUUAUUUAUUAUUUAUCCUAAUCAUGUAAUAAUUCUUAAUAAUUUAACAAUUCUCAUUACUAU